AUCAAACAGACUCGUGUUUGUUUUAGCCCACGAGCCUUUAAACCGUUGAAUUAGAACCAUCAUUUUUAUAAUCCAAAACCUAUCUCACUGGCUACGACUUCCUUGCCCUUUCUAGGCAGGAAUAUUUAAAGGUUUAUUAGUUGGAUUCCAUAUUACUUCUUCGUGUCCUAUAUAUAUAAUAAGAGAUGGCAGUUGGGCAGAGGAUUUGGAAACAUCUUUUGAUUUUUGUUUUGUUUUCCAGUUAGACUGAGAAAGAGGGAAAAAAACACAUCUGAAGAACUCAUUCAGGAUACAGGUAGGGAGGGUUAUCUUGUCAUAAACUAAUUGAAGGCUUAUGGGAUUGUCUCUUUCAUUGCUUCUAUCAGCCUGGCAACAAAUUCUAAGCCACAGGUUUUUCAAUUUAGCCUGCAACAUCAGUCUCCAUUCAAAAGAUAGAGAGGUGACCUUGAGGGUAAAUAGCUUCAAGGGAACAGAUUCAGAAACCAUAAUCAAUUCAGUUGGGUCAGAUUCUAAGAUUCAAAGGAAAAAUUCGAAAACUUUGAGAAACGGCAAAGCUGAUUAUUAUCAAGUACUGCUUGACAAAACUCACUCGUUCAAGGACCUGGUUCAAGACAAAAGGAAAUCAUCUUCGAAUGGAUUAAUACAUAAACCAAUGCCCACAAUUUCUCUACCGGAACCAACGAUUUUGUUCUCGCCGAGACCCGUUAGUGAGCUUGAUGCGGCUGCUGUUAAGCUUCAAAAAGUCUACAAGAGCUACCGGACUCGAAGAAACCUUGCAGAUUGUGCAGUGGUGAUUGAGGAGCUAUGGUGGAAGGUAUUAGACCUAGCUGAGCUCAAGCAAAACUCUGUGUCCUUCUUCGAGGUUGAGAAACCAGAAUCUGCAGUUUCACGGUGGGUAAGAGCCAAGACCAAAGCAGCAAAGGUAGGAAAGGGAUUGUCCAAGGAUGAAAAAGCUAAAAAACUAGCCCUUCAACACUGGCUUGAAGCUAUUGAUCCACGACAUCGGUACGGUCAUAACUUACACAUGUAUUAUGACGUUUGGUUCUCAAGCGAAAGCACACAGCCUUUCUUCUACUGGUUGGACGUUGGAGAUGGGAAAGAAGUAAAUCUUGAGAAAUGUCCAAGGAAAAAACUACAACAGCAGUGCAUCACAUAUCUUGGACCAAAAGAAAGGGAAGAAUAUGAAGUAAUAAUUGAGAAUGGGCGGCUUGCUUAUAGGCAAAGUGGGUCACCUGUGGAUACCACAGGUGAAUCCAAAUGGAUAUUUGUCCUUAGCACAAGUAGAGCCUUGUAUGUGGGUCAAAAGAAAAAGGGCAAAUUUCAACAUUCUAGUUUUCUAGCUGGCGGUGCCACCACGGCAGCUGGAAGAUUGGUUGCUCGUGAUGGAGUUCUCCAGGCUAUAUGGCCAUACAGUGGUCAUUAUCAUCCAACGGAAGAAAAUUUCAUGGAAUUCAUUAGCUUCCUCGAGGAAAAUAAUGUAAAUCUCACAAAUGUUAAGACGUGUGCCGUUGAUGAUGACAACUCAUACGGGCAAGCUCCGACUCCAGAUAAAGAAUCCAAACCCAAACCCGAAUCAGAUAAAAUCCGGAAAGCUGAUGAGAAUGAUGAAGGUGACAGCGUGAGGGGGGCAAAAACAAGCAGUGAUGAUGAUCAGAAAGAUGUAAAGAUUGAGACCAAUGGCGCAGGUGGCAAGGAAGAAGCAGCAGCGUUCAGCAUGGCCAAGAGAUUGUCAUGCAAGUGGACGACAGGGGUUGGACCCCGUAUCGGGUGCGUGCGAGACUACCCUAGCGAGCUUCAAUGGAAAGCACUGGAACAGGUAAACCUAUCACCAAGGGUGGCUCUUGGAAUGGUGAAGUUGGGUCCAAUUCCUUCACCACGACCCAGUCCAAGAAUCCACCUUUCCCCACGGAUUGCAGCUAUGGGUGUGCCAAGUCCAAGGUCUAUAGCAUCAGUGGGCUAAGCCUGUUCAUUCUUUUGGUUUCUUUUAUUCUAUCAUAUUUUUGUAUGUAGUUAAUUUUUUUCAACAGCCAGGAUUUUGUAGAAUGGAAAUGUGAUAAAUCAUUUCCAAAAGUAAUCAUUUUUAUAUUGUAAAAUCCAAUAACGAAUCCAUAAUCUGAAGUCCAAACAUCCAAAACAAAAGCAGUGGGUUUAACUUUGAAA